AUGAUGAUGGAGCCGGAGAAAUCGUUUAUAUUAUCGCAUACAGUCAAAAACGUGGCAUCGCUCACCACGGAUUUCGGGCCAGUUGAAACGCAUUGCGAUAUACCGUGGUAAGCUUUUUUUCGUACAAAUUGCUGGAAAAACCUUAAAAACUUGUAAAAAAUUACAAAAAAAAACCAUAGAGCGGCGCAGAAUCAAGCACUGGUGUUCAGUUCUGCAAUUUGACGUUUUCCUGCUUGUAAUAGUUUCUAGCAUCUUAUUUCACCGAGAAAAAUCGAUAAAUUGUUCAACAUGAAACUUGCGGGCCGAUCCCGCGGAAUCUUGCAAGUCUGACAGUUGAAAAUGAGCAAUUAUCGAUUUUAGGAAACUGGAAGCAUCGCAACGCGAAGACUGUCUCGCCCUGUACCUAUAUUGCCUGAUCGACAACCCGUCGAACAUGUGGAACAUAAGUGUCGUGUUCAAAUUCAAGCUCAAAUCGAAGGCGGGCGAAGAGAUUGAAGAAGGCGACGAGGAUCCGUCCAAGUACACGCGCGACCUCACUUCCUGGGGCUACUGCGACGUGAUCAAGUGGCCGAGACUCGUCGAGGAAUUCGUCGUCGACAAUCAGCUGACGUUCGAAUGUCACGUCACCAUCAAAGACAUCGUGGGGAUCAAUCGAAAACGGAAGAUGGAAUGGGAGGCGCCGGAGGAGAGAAUGACCGAUGUGGUCGUGAUUGUGGGCGAAGAAAAGAAGACGUUUCAUGUGCAGAAAGGGGUUAGUGAAUCGGAAAAAGAAAAACGCACGGUCUCCAGAGCUGACAAUGGGCGCAAGCCCAAUAGAGCGAUACAUUGGCGCGAAAUUCAAAUUUUAACAGCAAAUUUUGUGUUUUUCGCCAGAUUAGCCACGAAAAACCGAUAAUUUCUCAUUUGUCUCUCGAUAGACCGAUUGUAUAGGCUAUUACGAAUUUUUUAAGCGCAAGAGCGUUAAAUUUGGUCAAGUCGCAAAUCACAUUUAUCCGUUUGAAGAUUUUUGGCUAAAACUGCGUGAAUUUCAGUUGCUUUUCGGUAAUUUUCGCGGUUCGAGCGCUCAAAAUGCUUGUUUUUACGUGAUUUAUCAUUCUCAAAACCAAUUCUGUCUGAAAACGGUAAAGAAAGCGCAAAUUGAGAAGUGCGGUUUUCGGCGGUGAUCGGCGGCGAAGGCAAAAAAGCAAAGUCCGCGAAAAAUGAGCGCCAAAACGUCAUUAAUUCUGAGAAUUAGUGUGUUUUCAUGUCGAACAAUCAUCUUUUCAUCGCCUUUGACCACAAAAAAUCAGAGAAAACCUGCUCAAUUCAUGAAAACGCCAUUUGGCCGAGGCCACGCCCAUAUUGUCAGCUCUGAAGACCGUGAAACGUUCGGAAUUCGAUGAAACAAUUGUUUUCAGACGCUCGCCAACUUUUCGCCAGUCUUCAAAGCAAUGUUCACGAAUCCCAAGUAUCGAGAGUUCCGUGAAAAAGAGGUUGUUCUUGGAGACGUCGAUCCGAACGUCUUUGAAGUUCUCAUCAACUACAUUCAUCGAUGCGACACUGACAUCACAGGUAACAAAACGUUUUAUAAUCACCAGACUUGUCAAGAAUCGGCCUAAUUCAAAAUGUAUGUAAAUUUUGCAGACGAAAACGUCGAGAAACUUCUGGCACUUGCCGAUCGGUUCGACGUGAAUGUGAUGCUCAAAAAGUGCGAAAAGUACCUGAUGAAAAAGUCGGAGCUCGAAAUCGAGAAGCGGCUAGAGCUGGCGGAAGCCUACAAACUCGUCAAUCUUCACGGAAACUGCCUGGAAUCGCUGAGGACGGCGCGGCAGAUCGCCGAUGUCUGCCAUAAUGUCGACGAAAUGGGCGAGCGCACGUCGAAGGCGCUGCUCAAAAAGAUGUCCGACAUUAUAAGAAAGUCAAAGAUAUUUAUUUAA